GUUUUCUAUACUGCUAAUCUUUCGUUACUUAAUUUACAAGACAUCCAACGGUCGUUUCUUACGUUCCUUUCCUAUAUCGCUAUUUCAAUAAUAUAUCUAUCAAAAUGGUCGACGCUCCUGAAAGCCCCGUCCCGCAGCAACAAAGUGUGUAGAAGUUUGGGAGGCUCAUCUAGGGCUGGAUCCAACAAUGAAGAUAAUGUGCCACGAAUCACUAAUGAGUUCUUAGCACCCGUCAAGUCAUUCAACCAGAAUGGUGUCAGAACGACAGGUCGUGCCUUCCAUUCCUCAGGCUAUCUCCGAAGGACGCCGUCUAUAUGUGGGCAACAUGCCUUACACUGCCAAGUCGGAGGAUGUGCAAGCACUGUUCGACGCAGCCGAGUUCCCAAUCGAGCGGAUCGAUAUUGCCAUUGACCCUUUCACCGGCCGCAACCCUUCAUACUGCUUUGUCGACCUUGAAACAAAGGAAUUGGCAGAGAAAGCCAUGAACGAAUUAGAUGGUCGCGACAUGCUUGGCCGUCCGGUCAAGAUCAAGCCGGGUGUGGUCAAGUCCUCCAGCGAACGCGCCCAGCAACAGCCGCGGACAGAUGGAUCUCCCCGUGCUGAGAACAAGACAUCGCCUUUCUCCAUGGACCGGUGGCGCCGCCCCGAUGCUCCUACCUUUGCCAAGGUCAACAGCGAUUCCAGCCGCCGUCUCUAUGUCGGUGGUAUCCCCCGCUUGACCGACCAGGAGGCUAUUUCCAGCAAUAUCACAACAUUCUUCAAGGACUACAAACUGUAUGCUCCCCAUUCCUCCGGAAGCUAGACUGCGUGAUGAUGCUGACAUGCCCGACUUCUAGUGAGAACAUCAGCAAACUGUUCACUCCUCACCCCGCCAAGCGUUUCGAGCCCGGUGACCACUACUACUUGUUCGUCGACUUUGGGAGCGUGGAAGAGGCACAGUCUGCCAUGAAUGCCCUGAACGGACAGGAGGGUCCUUGGG